CGCCGGCUCGGGCGCCGCCACCGCCUCCUCCUCUCCGCCCCGCGGGUAUCCCGCGCGGGACCCUGCUCAGACCGCGCACUUCCCGCAGGCGCUGCAGAGCAGCGAGCUUCCAGGUGGCCGCAGUCUGCGCCGCAGUCCUCGCCGGGGCCGGGCCAUGAAGCUGGAGUUUGCGCCGCUCAAUAUCCCGCUGGAGCGGCGGCUGCAGACGGCGGCGGUGUUUCAGUGGGUCCUGUCCUUCCUGCUACUCGCGGAGGUGUGCAUUGGAAUCCUCUUGCUACUGAUCUUAUACAACUACUGGUUCCUGUACAUCCCUUACUUGACAUGGCUUUACUUUGACUGGCGUACUCCAGAGCAAGGAGGCAGGAGAUCCAACUGGGUCAGAAGCUGGGCCGUUUGGAAGUACUUUAAGGACUACUUUCCAAUUCAUCUCAUCAAAACUAGUGAUUUGGAUCCAAGUCACAACUACAUAUUUGGGUUUCACCCCCAUGGAGUGCUCGUGGCUGGAGCCUUUGGAAAUUUUUGUACCAAUUAUUCAGACUUCAAGAAGCUGUUCCCCGACUUUACUGCGUAUCUCCAUGUGCUUCCGAUUUGGUUCCGGUGCCCUCUCUUCCGAGAAUACCUGAUGAGCAGUGGGCCAGUCUCAGUUUCCAAGAAAAGUGUGUCCCACGUGCUGAGCAAGGAGGGAGGUGGAAACAUUUCGGUCAUUGUCCUCGGGGGUGCAGAGGAAUCCUUAGAUGCUCAUCCCGGGAAAUUCACUCUGUUCAUCCGCCAGCGGAAAGGAUUUGUGAAAAUUGCUUUGACCCACGGCGCCUAUUUGGUCCCUGUGUUUUCUUUCGGUGAAAAUGAACUAUUUAAACAAGUUAGCAACCCUGAAGGCUCAUUGCUUCGAACUGUGCAGGAUAAACUACAGAAGAUCAUGGGGUUUGCUUUGCCACUGUUCCAUGCCAGAGGAGUUUUUCAGUACAGUUUUGGCCUAGUGCCCUAUCGGAAACCUAUUCACACUGUUGUCGGCCAUCCAAUCCCUGUUCAUCAGACUCUGAACCCAACCCGGGAGCAGGUCGAGGAGCUGCAUCAGACCUACAUGGAGGAGCUCAGGAAGUUAUUUGAGGAGCACAAAGGGAAGUAUGGCAUCCCAGAGCACCACACUCUCGUUUUUAGAUAACUGUCCUCUUUGAAGGCUGCAGGAGGACGGGAGAAUAAAUAUGUUAAAUACGUUAAUUUCUUUCCUUGACUGUGGAAUUAAAUUUGCACCUGGAAAGUAUUAUUUAUGGUGACAGAUGUUGAUGUAGAACUGUGUUAAAUAAAAAUACAGUGUGUGAUGAUAGGA